AUGAUGACGUGCCGUCUGCUGUGCGCCCUGUUGGUGCUCGCCCUGUGCUGCUGCCCGUCCGUGUGUGCGAUGGAGAAUAGAGAAGAUCAAGAUGCGGGCAGUGGUUCACCGACUGCUCGGCCACCGGAAGCAGGUGAUGCAGGGUUAAUAAAUACUUCCACGGCGUCAGGUUCAACAGAUCCGGACGUUACUUUAUCGGGAAUCGAAAAUAAGGACAGUGAGGAACUCGCUCCGGCAGGGAAUCCAGGUAAAGAAGGUUCGGAGCACAUUCCAAAAGAGGUACCAAGUGCAUCCGAUGGGUCAGGGUCGUCAAGUGGGUCCGCUAACCCAGCUGCAGCAUCAAGUUCCGUGACCGCUUCUGUAUCGGCACAAAGUGAGAAGGAAAAUGUGCCAACAACAACAACAACCACUACGACAAAAGCACCAACUACCACCACCACUACGACCACAGAGGCGCCAACUACAACGACCACCACCCGCGCACCGUCACUUCGCGAAAGCGACGGCAGCCUCAGCAGCUCUGCGUGGGUGUGUGCCCCGCUGCUGCUCGCCGUAUCCGCGCUGGCGUACACCACUGUGGGCUGA